AUGGUAAGUGGACUUUUUGCCGAUAAAAAGAGAUCAUUUGUUGGCCGCUUGCAACGUUUUGAACAACUCGAGCAGAGAGAGAUAAACCAAAAGUAUCCGGACUUGGCUUACCUAUAUUCGAUUGGAAAGUCGGUUCUAGGCAGAGAAUUACCGGUAAUAACCAUUUCUCACAACGCUCGAUACGAAAACCCUAGUAAACCAAACUUCAAAUACGUUGCUAAUAUGCACGGAAAUGAGGUGACCGGCAGAGAGCUUUUACUUAACCUUGUUCAAGUGCUUUUGGAGAACUAUGGAAAAAAUGAAUUCCUGACAAGGUUAGUGAAUUCGACUAGUAUUCAUAUAAUGCCAACAAUGAAUCCAGAUGGAUAUGAAAUAUCUCAUGAGGGUGAUGUUCAGGGAAUAAAGGGCCGAAUAAAUGCUAAUUUUGUCGACUUAAAUCGGGACUUCCCGCAAAGGUUGCACGCUAAAGAAGCUCAUCCACAACCUGAAACAGUAGCAGUCAUGAAUUGGACAAGGACAAUACCAUUUGUGUUGUCUGCGAACCUUCACGACGGAUCGGUUCUGGUGAAUUACCCGUAUGACGACGGCAACACAAAUAAUUUGGUAUCUCAUACACCAGACCAUGAAAUAUUUGUUAGACUUGCUUACUCAUAUGCUCGGUCUCAUGCGUAUAUGUGGAAAAAGGGUCCGCGAUGUUUCCCAGGAUUUGGCGGAGAGCCGGUCACCGGAGUCAUUAACGGAGCUGAAUGGUACCCAGUUCCAGGAAGUAUGCAAGAUUGGAAUUACGUCAGCGCUGAAUGCUUUGAACUGACUAUCGAAAUGAACUGCCAAAAGUUUUCAUUCGCAAAAGAUUUGAAAGGUCUCUGGGAUGACAACAAAUACGCAUUGAUUGACUAUAUAACUCAGGUGCACAAGUCGUUAAGUGGUUACGUUAAAGAUGCCAGUACUGGUUCAGGAAUUGAGAACGUAGAAAUCAGAAUAGAAGAAGGAGGGAAAGUAAUUCAUUCACGAAAAUACGGGGCGUAUUUUCGCCUGCUUAAUCCCGGGACUUACCAUGUCACCUUUGCUCAUCCGUCGUACAAUACGGUGCGACGUCAAUUUACAAUCACUUCUCAGGUACCAUACAAGAGAAUGAACGUCUCAAUGGAGCCGAAGGUUGCUGGUUUUACAGACGUCGACGCCAAUCUUCUGAGAGAAAACCUUGUGGGUUAUCAGUCUACGGCUAGUCCCCCAUCCUCCCUAAUGACGCUUCUAAUUGUUAUUCUGUACGCUUUCAUCGCCGAUCUUUCAUUUGCAAUGAAAUAUUUAGCUGACAAACCAUUCAGAAUUUCUUCGAUUUUAUUUUGA